AUGUCUAUAGAUUUAUCAUCUGAGCGUGUUUGCUAUGUCCACUGCAACUUCUGCACCACGAUUUUAGCGGUAAGUGUUCCAUACGCAAGUUUGUUCACACUUGUGACGGUGAGAUGUGGCCAUUGUACCAAUUUGCUAUCUCUCAACAUUGGAGUUUCACUUCAUCAAAACUCACCUCCUCCCAUUCAUCAAGAACUUCAGCAGCAUAAGCAACACAUAACCUCUUCGGUAACAAGGAAAGAUUGUGGAUCAUCUUCAAGGAGCACCAACCAUUUUUCCACCACAUUGUCUGAAAAUGUCGAUCGAGAGACUCCUAGAAUGCCUCCUAUUCGUCCACCGGAGAAAAGACAACGCGUUCCGUCGGCCUACAACAGAUUCAUCAAAGAGGAAAUCCAAAGGAUCAAGGCUGGUAAUCCAGAGAUCAGCCACCGUGAGGCGUUUAGUACAGCUGCCAAAAAUUGGGCACAUUUUCCUCACAUUCACUUUGGAUUAAAGCUGGAUGGCAACAAGAAAGGCAAGCAAUUAGACCAGACAGUUGCAGGCCAAAAGUCUAAUGGCUAUUACUAA